AUGAGAAGUAAUUCCACCGUUGUUUGGAGCCAAGUGAACAACACAUGGCAAGACACUACAGAAGUUGCAUUUGUGGCUGCCAAUUGUCUAGUGUUGCUGGUGACCUUACACGUUGGACUUCUCGCCAACUUGUUCGUGGCGUGGGCCGUGCACCACCAGAAGUCUCUCCAGACGUCCAACAACGCUCUCCUGGUGAAUCUGGCCGUCAUUGACAUCCUGCGAUGCGCCAUCGACUGCCCGUUGCUCCUCAGCAUUGUUUUGAGCGCUCGCGACGUGGCGCGAGACCUCGGACUGGUUUUCUGCAGCGCGCAGAUCGCGUCGUUUUCUCUCAUCUGUUGCGUGCAGUUGCUCACGCUGGCGUGCAUCAGCGCCGAGCGAUAUCAAGCCAUUGCGCAUCCGUUUAAAAGCGCCGAGAGCAGAAAACGGGUAACAGUUUGGAUUCUCUUGACCUGGCUGGCUCCAAUCUCCAUUUCGGUCAUUUGCGUGAUAUUUGCGAAAGACUCGCCGGUGUACAUAAGAUGUAGAGGCUUGCGGAUGGAGACUUUCGACUCUUACGACACUUUUGGACUUUAUAUUUUGACUCCCGUCUGGUGCGUGUGUUUGACGGCCAUCGUUGGAUUCUACGCGCGCAUUUUCCUCUUGGUAAGAGCGCACGGUCGGAAAAUUUUCGAUAAGGGUUCGCUUCCACAACCUGGUAAAAAGAAAGAGGAUAAAAGCCCAAAACAGGAGGAAACAAAGAAUAGUAUUAAAAACGAGAAAGAAAACACACGGACAAUCGAUACUGGUCAUUUAAACCCCAAUGAAAAAGAGCCGUUUGGAGAAAAGAUCCAACAAAAUUUACAUCCAACAUCUGAGGAACUUCCCACAACAACUGUGACUGACUAUUUGAAUAUAAACGAACCAGAGUUUGUGACUGAAAAAUCCAUGAAUGAACUUCCCAAUGAGGUUAUUGUGGAACCAAACGACCACCAAGAUACUUCUCCAUCCAAUGAGGAAGUUGGUGCUGUAGAGUCAAACAAAGUCACUGAUGGAGAAGAGGGUGAUGAUGAAGACCCAAUUGACCAAGAUAAAACUUCAGAAACUUCUCCAUCAACUAAUGAAGAUGGUACUGUUGAGACAAGUGCUCCACAAGAUAUUACUGAAACUUCUCCAGCAUCAGGAAAUGGAGAAAAUGCUGAAGAGCAAAGCGCUCCUCAAGAAACCGCUGCAGCAUCAACUGGAGAAACCACAGCUGCUCCACAAGAGGAGGAGGAGGUGGUGGGUGCUGUCUGUAUAAUGCCCUCUCUCGCUCAGAGAGAAAGAGGAAACGCCAAGAAGGAGAGCAAACUGGCCAAGCGCUCCGGAUACAUCAUCUUCACCUUCCUCAUAUUUUGGAUCCCGCUAAUUGGGACAGUGGUCUUGAAUCACUUCUAUUACCGAAAUGGGAAUCUAACAGUGAAGGUUUUUCGGGAGCUGGAGAUUUUAACAGUGUCUUUGGUCUGCAUGACAUCCCUCACUAACCCCAUCAUCUAUGCAGCGGUCAAUCCUCAGUUCCGCACAGAAUUUCACAAUCUGAAGACGAAAUGGAAAGCAUUUUUUACACAUUCAUAGAGUUUUUUAUGACUUGUGGGGUCAUCAGAGCUUUCAAAUAUCUGUGAUUGU